CGGUCAUUUGGGCCUUCACUUCUAUCUUCGAAGAUUAUUUUAUCGUUUUUUAAUUAAUGUGCGUUAAUCUGCAGUUGAAUAGUAGUUGAAUCCCUUAAAAUGACGUCCAUUAUCAAGCUGCACACGAUAUCCGGGGCGAUGGACGAGUCUCCGCCGUGCUACAUCCUCCAGAUAGACGACGUGCGAAUUCUGUUGGACUGCGGAUGGGAUGAAAAGUUCGACGCCAACUUUAUCAAAGAGCUAAAAAGGCAGGUGCAUACCCUGGAUGCCGUGCUCCUGUCCCACCCGGAUGCGUAUCACCUGGGCGCCUUGCCUUACCUGGUGGGCAAACUGGGUCUUAACUGCCCGAUAUACGCCACAAUUCCCGUGUUCAAGAUGGGACAAAUGUUCAUGUAUGACCUGUACAUGUCGCACUUCAACAUGGGCGACUUUGAUCUCUUCUCGCUGGACGACGUGGACACGGCCUUCGAGAAGAUCACGCAACUGAAGUAUAACCAAACGGUUUCACUGAAGGGCAAGGGCUAUGGCAUAUCCAUAACUCCCUUAAACGCUGGCCACAUGAUCGGCGGCACGAUCUGGAAGAUAGUAAAGGUGGGCGAGGAGGACAUCGUCUAUGCCACUGAUUUUAACCACAAAAAGGAACGCCACCUGAGCGGGUGUGAGCUGGACAGGCUGCAGAGGCCCUCGCUCCUCAUUACCGACGCUUACAAUGCACAAUACCAGCAGGCCAGGAGACGUGCCCGCGAUGAAAAGCUGAUGACCAACAUCCUGCAGACGGUGCGAAAUAAUGGCAAUGUCCUCAUAGCUGUGGACACCGCUGGACGCGUUCUAGAGCUGGCCCACAUGCUGGACCAACUGUGGAAGAACAAGGAGUCCGGCCUGAUGGCCUACUCCCUGGCCCUCCUAAACAAUGUCAGCUACAACGUGAUCGAGUUCGCCAAGUCGCAGAUCGAGUGGAUGAGCGACAAGUUAACGAAGGCCUUCGAGGGUGCCCGAAACAAUCCCUUCCAGUUCAAGCACAUCCAGCUGUGUCACUCCCUGGCGGACGUCUACAAACUUCCUGCCGGACCCAAAGUUGUGCUCGCCAGCACGCCGGACCUGGAGAGCGGAUUCACCAGAGACCUUUUUGUGCAGUGGGCCAGCAAUGCCAACAAUAGCAUUAUUCUUACCACACGUACUUCGCCGGGAACUCUGGCUAUGGAACUGGUAGAGAACUGCUCGCCUGGCAAGCAAAUUGAGCUGGACAUCCGACGAAGAGUUGAGCUGGAAGGCGCCGAGCUAGAUGAAUACCUACGCACGCAGGGCGAAAAACUAAAUCCCCUCAUUGUGAAGCCUGAUGUGGAGGAGGAAAGCAGCUCCGAGUCCGAGGAUGACAUUGAAAUGAGUGUUAUAACGGGCAAGCACGACAUUGUGGUCAGGCCAGAGGGUCGUCACCAUUCCGGCUUCUUCAAGUCCAACAAGCGCCAUCAUGUUAUGUUUCCCUAUCACGAGGAAAAGAUCAAGUACGACGAGUACGGAGAGAUCAUCAACCUCGACGACUACCGCAUCGCCGACACGGGCGGGUACGACUUCGUGCCCAUGGAGGAGCAGAACAAGGAGAACGUGAAGAAGGAGGAACCGGGCAUGGGAGCUGAUCAUCAGGCCAAUGGAGCCGUCGCAGACACCGACGUCCAGCUGCUAGAGAAGCCCACCAAGCUGAUAAAUCAGCGCAAAACCAUCGAAGUGAAUGCCCAGAUCCAGCGAAUCGAUUUCGAGGGUCGCUCGGACGGUGAGUCCAUGCUGAAGAUCCUCUCCCAGUUGCGACCGAGACGGGUGAUUGUCAUCCACGGCACUGCGGAGGGCACCCAGGUGGUGGCCAAGCAUUGUGAGCAGAAUGUCGGCGCCCGCGUCUUCACGCCGCAGAAGGGCGAGAUCAUCGACGUGACCACCGAGAUCCACAUUUACCAGGUGCGCCUCACCGAGGGUCUCGUCUCCCAGCUACAGUUUCAAAAGGGCAAAGACGCGGAGGUGGCCUGGGUGGAUGGCCGCCUGGGAAUGCGUCUCAAGGCCAUCGACGCUCCCAUGGAUGUCACAGUUGAGCAGGACGUGCAAGAGGGCAAGACAUUGACCCUGGAAACGCUAGCGGAAGACGAGAUCCCCGUCCACAAUUCGGUGCUGAUCAACGAGCUAAAGCUCUCCGACUUCAAGCAGAUUCUCAUGCGCAACAACAUCAACUCGGAGUUCUCCGGCGGCGUCCUUUGGUGCAGCAAUGGAACUUUGGCCUUGCGGCGUGUGGAUGCCGGCAAGGUGGCCAUGGAGGGCUGUCUGUCGGAGGAGUACUAUAAAAUCAGGGAGUUGCUCUAUGAGCAGUACGCAAUUGUUUAAGAUUAAAGUUUCCUUUAAAAUCUAGA